AUGGCAGAAGGAGGAGCGGAGGAAUUUGAUGUUCCGGAAGAGGAAGUCCUGGAGAUACUCGAAGAAGAAUUCCAGCAAUACUUCACGAUUGCUUUCUCACUGAUGAUGAAGCUCAAUUCGCCAAUGGAUAGGAAAAUUUGCAAAAAAUACCUGGACAAGUGUCUGACCCUGCAGAAGCCCAAUAUUCCCGUAAAGAUCAAUCGGAAUAAAUUCCUCGCCAAUUUCUUGGAAGUCAUCUCGGAAUCACGAAUCUUUGAGGAGGAAAAUGCCACAAAUGGCUGUGAAGGAAGCACCAAAAAUGUUCCACAAAACGUCACGCAAUGGAGUAAGGAUCAAAGGACUUUUGUGGCUUUCAAGGAACUUCCCGACACUGGGAUUCUCAUCUACAUGGCAAAUUCAUCCGAAGUCAAACCAUCUUGGGGGAAAUUUGAUCUAACUAGCGUGAAUGUUAGUGAGUUGAGCAGCAAAAUUACAUUUACAGACUAA